AUGCUCGUGCUGCCUGUGCCUGUGCUGCCCGUGCCUGUGCUGCCCGUGCCUGUGCUGCCCGUGCCUGUGCUGCCCAUGCCUGUGCUGCCCGUGCCUGUUGCUGCCCGUGCCUGUUGCUGCCCGUGCCUGUGCUGCCCGUGCCUGUGCUGCCCGUGCCUGUUGCUGCCCGUGCCUGUGCUGCCCGUGCCUGUGCUGCCCGUGCCUGUUGCUGCCCGUGCCUGUGCUGCCCGUGCCUGUUGCUGCCCGUGCCUGUGCUGCCCGUGCCUGUGCUGCCCGUGCCUGUUGCUGCCCGUGCCUGUGCUGCCCGUGCCUGUGCUGCCCGUGCCUGUUGCUGCCCGUGCCUGUGCUGCCCGUGCCUGUGCUGCCCGUGCCUGUUGCUGCCCGUGCCGGUGCUGCCCGUGCCUGUGCUGCCCGUGCCUGUGCUACCCGUGCCUGUUGCUGCCCGUGCCUGUGCUACCCGUGCCUGUGCUGCCCGUGCCUGUGCUGCCCGUGCCUGUGCUGCCCGUGCCUGUUGCUGCCCGUGCCUGUUGCUGCCCGUGCCUGUGCUGCCCGUGCCUGUGCUGCCCGUGCCUGUUGCUGCCCGUGCCUGUGCUGCCCGUGCCUGUGCUGCCCGUGCCUGUUGCUGCCCGUGCCUGUGCUGCCCGUGCCUAUUGCUGCCCGUGCCUGUGCUGCCCGUGCCUGUGCUGCCCGUGCCUGUGCUGCCCGUGCCUGUGCUGCCCGUGCCUGUUGCUGCCCGUGCCUGUGCUGCCCGUGCCUGUUGCUGCCCGUGCCUGUGCUGCCCGUGCCUGUUGCUGCCCCUGUCGCUGA